GUCAGCAUCAAGCCUCAUUGCAACUACCAUCACUACCCGGGUCGACGACAUGCCUGUCGUCCAGUUUGCGCCCUUUGCAUCACUUGUUCAGCCAGGUUUUUGGCAUGAGCUCACUCGCAUGAAGAUAGAUGUCCUUCGUCUCUCAGAAGAUGCUAUUACCGUGAAUGGAUCAUAUUCCGUCGGUCGAUCAAUCAGAGAUCGCGAAACAGGGCACGAUAUCGCUCUUGGAUGUAACCUCACAGUAGGGGAAGACGCUUACCAGAAGGCACCUCAGUUGUCACCCAUGUCCGUCCAUACCACUGGCAUCUUCAAGAACUUCAAUACUAUCGAGGACUUUAAGGCUGCAGAUAAGGCUGCACUCAUUAAUGACGUCGUUUCCAAGAUCUGGGACAGCAUCAUAACAACCAAAGACACGUCUCUCCUCACGCAGUUCUUACUAAUAACAUUCGCUGAUCUAAAGAAGUAUCAGUACUUCUACUGGUUCGCCUUCCCCGCGUUCGUGUCCAAACCAGCUUGGCAGAUUUCAGAAAAUGGCUGGAAGCAAGCGGAUGAAGAGAUCCAGGGUGUAUGUCCUUCUUCGAGGAGCAUUUCGCGUUCUUACAAGCACUUUCAGUUGGAAUCUAUUUAUGACUCACUCCUCAAGACAACUCGAUCAUUCUUUCUCGUGAAGGAGAUUGGCGGCAUAACCGAAGUAGGGUCGAUAGAACAAUAUGAAGAGUUCUUUGCUGGUGUUGCUCCCGAGAACCGAGUAAUCGGCUUUUUAGAUCCAUCUGCUCUUCCUGAAAACCCAGGUUGGCCUCUUCGGAACCUCCUCACCUUCCUUCGUGCGGUGUAUCCAUCGCAAACAUCUUCUGUCCGAGUUCUUUGCUGGAGAGAUAGCGAAAGACCCACUGCUGGAAAACCAUGGAGGAGCCGGUUUGGAGUGGUCUCCAUCGGAGAAGGAGAUCCAACCACGAAACCUAGUGCUAUAGGAUGGGAGCGCCAUCCGACAACCAACAAGCUCAGUGCUCGAGUCGCUGAUCUGGCACCCAUGAUGGAUCCGAAGAGGCUCGCUGACCAAGCUGUGGACCUGAACUUGAAGCUGAUGCGCUGGCGCAUUCUACCUUCGCUAGACCUCGAUAAAGUAGCAUCGACAAGAUGCCUACUUCUCGGUGCAGGGACACUUGGCUGCUACGUUGCACGUACCCUCAUGGGAUGGGGUGUCCGUACGAUUACUUUUGUUGAUUCCGCGCGUGUAUCAUUUUCGAAUCCCGUCCGCCAACCGUUGUUUGAAUUCGAGGAUUGUCUCAACGGCGGUAAACCCAAGGCUGCUUGCGCCGCCCAGCGCUUGACGAAAAUCUUCCCCGGUAUUAAUGCAACAGGCCAUGAUAUAUCUAUACCCAUGCCAGGCCACCCUAUACCUCCGGCGUCCAUUGAACAAGCGAAGAAAGACGUCAGGCAUCUAGAGACGCUGUUCGACGAACACGAUGUUGUAUUCCUCUUAAUGGAUUCUAGAGAAAGCCGCUGGCUGCCCACUGUUUUGGGCGCCGCCAAGGGCAAGAUAGUCCUUAACGCUGCUCUUGGGUUUGACACGUAUCUUGUUAUGCGUCAUGGCGCUCGAGCGUCUUCGACGACGGGCGAUCGACUGGGUUGCUAUUACUGCAACGAUAUUGUCGCUCCUGCUGAUGUAUUGCCUUUCAACUCUCCAUACCGACACUCACUCACAUAUCUUUCCAUACAGUCCUUGACGGAUCGUACUUUGGAUCAAAUGUGUACCGUGACAAGACCCGGCCUUGCCUCGAUCGCAGCUUCUACGGCGGUCGAACUCCUUGUCUCUUUGCUACAACAUCCCGAUGGGCUUCAUGCACCCCCGCCCCCUCCUCAAGCCAAUGGCGCUGCUGCAGACCCUAGCACGUCGGACAGUGUUCUGGGUCUUGUCCCGCAUCAAUUGCGUGGGUUCUUGGCACAGUUCAGAAACCUCCCGAUCAUAGGUGCAGCAUACGACAAGUGCACGGGUUGCAGUGAGACAGUUCUCAAAGCCUACGAGGAACAAGGUUUCGAUAUGCUCUUGAAGGCAUUUAACGAGCCCGGAUUCCUUGAAAAGUUGACUGGACUGGACAAGCUCUACAGCGAAGGUGAUGCAAUAGCGGAGAGUGUGGACUGGGACGAGGAGGAUGAGGAGGACGAUUAGAUUCUAAUGUUCCAUGUAACAAACUAGUUUUUUGUAAUUCUACGACUACUC